AUGUCCAAACUGACAUGUUUCAUANNGAGCUUCUCCAGAGAUCUGACCGUCAACCCCGAGACUCGCAAUGUUAAGGAUAUCCAACAUGAGAUUGUUGCCGCGGCCAGCUCAAGCAGCGCCGACCGUGCCAGCCAAUUCUUGAAGAAGGUUGGAGCUCCAUCUUCAGCAAAGGCAUACGGAUCAUACGAAGAGCUGGUUGCCGACAAGAACAUUGACAUCAUCUAUGUCGCCACUCCUCACUCGCACCACUACCAAAAUGCCAUGCUCUGUCUCGAGGCUGGCAAGAACGUUCUCUGUGAGAAGGCUUUCACCGUCAAUGCCGCUCAGGCAAAGAAGCUGGCAGAAAAGGCAAAGGAGAAGAAUCUCUUCUUGAUGGAGGCUGUAUGGACGAGAUACUUCCCUCUGUCCAUCUAUGUUCGCGAAGUCAUCACUUCCGGCAAGAUUGGCACUGUUCAACGCACCUUUGCCGACCUGUCCAUCGGCACUAAGCCUGAGGAGGCCUUCGACAACUCCCACCGCAUGGUCAACCCUGAGUUGGCCGGAGGCGCCCUUCUCGAUCUCGGUAUCUACGCUCUGACCUGGGUCUUCCAAACCCUCUACCACACUCAACCCGAGUCCGCACGCCAGGCCCCCACCGUCGUCUCCUCCCUCAAGAAGUACCCCACCGGUGCCGACGAGAUGACCACCAUGCUACUCACCUUCCCCCGUUCCUCAGAGCUCGGCGGCGACGCCCACGGUAUCGCCACCACCGCCAUGCGCACAACCCCCGACCCUGACGGCAAAGGCAGCGCCGGCCCAGCCAUCCGCGUCCAAGGCGACAAGGGCGAAGUCCAAAUCUUCCAUCCUGCCUUCCGUCCCACAAAGACCAAGCUCAUCCUCUCCGACGGCACUGUAGAAGAGAAUGAAUUCGUGCAACCCGGUCCAGGUAAGGGAUCCGGCUUCUACAAUGGCUUCGGCGAUAACAAGAACCCAGAAGGGGAGGGACAUGGUAUGUUCUGGGAGGCUGACGAGUGUGCGUUUGCACUCAAGGAAGGCAGAAAGGAGGGCAAGUAUGAGGGUUUGCAGGAGAGUAUUGUGAUUAUGGAGGUUAUGGAUGAGGUGCGCAAGCAGAACGGCAUGACUUACCCUGAGAAGAUUGAGACGACCAAGUACCCUACUCAGCUUUAG